GAUAGGCACCGAGGGUGAUUGGGAGAAAAGCGGGCAGCGAGGGGCUUGUCAUAGGGAUCCGAACUACGAGACGGCAUCGGUAGCAUCUAAGGACUCUGAAGGGAACAGGAAGUACCAACGUCCGGGAACCCAGCGCCAGCUCCGCUGGGGGGAUCCCCGCUGCUCUAUUCCUGGGGAGGGACUAGAGAAAGGAGGGGAUACUGAUCUCGCCCCGCCCCUGGGCUUGUUACCGCGGGGGCGGGGAGUGAGGGCUUUUUCUGGGGGGAGCGGAGAUCGGGGGACUCAGCUGUGCCCUCUUGAGCGGCCGCCGGUGCCCCCGCGGCGCCGGGCUGCUGAGGGGAGGACCCGCGGUGGCCGUCGCUGUUGCAUGUGUGGCUGCUGGAUGCGGAGGCGGCGGCGGCGGCGGCGGCGUGGAGCAGCAGCGGCGGCAGGAUGUUAGGGCAGCAGCAGCAGCAACUGUACUCGUCGGCCGCGCUCUUGACCGGGGAGCGGAGCCGGCUUCUCACCUGCUACGUGCAGGACUACCUCGAGUGUGUGGAGUCGCUGCCCCACGACAUGCAGAGGAACGUGUCUGUGCUGCGAGAGCUGGAUAACAAAUACCAAGAAACAUUAAAGGAAAUUGAUGAUGUCUAUGAAAGAUAUAAAAAAGAAGAUGAUUUAAACCAGAAAAAACGCCUACAGCAGCAUCUCCAGAGAGCAUUAAUCAAUAGUCAAGAAUUGGGAGAUGAAAAAAUUCAGAUUGUCACACAGAUGCUCGAAUUGGUGGAAAAUCGGGCAAGACAAAUGGAGUUGCAUUCACAGUGUUUCCAAGAUCCUGCUGAAAGUGAAAGAGCCUCAGAUAAAGCAAAGGUAGAUUCCAGCCAGCCAGAAAGAUCUUCGAGAAGACCCCGCAGACAGAGAACCAGUGAAAGCCGUGAUUUAUGUCACAUGACAAAUGGGAUUGAAGACUGUGAUGAUCAGCCACCUAAAGAAAAGAAAUCCAAGUCAGCCAAGAAAAAGAAACGUUCCAAGGCCAAACAGGAAAGGGAAGCUUCACCUGUUGAAUUUGCAAUAGAUCCUAAUGAACCUACAUACUGUUUAUGCAACCAAGUGUCUUAUGGGGAAAUGAUAGGAUGUGACAAUGAACAGUGUCCAAUUGAAUGGUUUCACUUUUCAUGUGUUUCACUUACCUAUAAACCAAAGGGGAAAUGGUAUUGCCCAAAGUGCAGGGGAGAUAAUGAGAAAACAAUGGACAAAAGUACUGAAAAGACAAAAAAAGAUAGAAGAUCGAGGUAGUAAAGGCCCAUCCACAUUUUAAAGGGUUAUUUGUCUUUUAUAUAAUUCAUUUACUUUCAGAAAAUAUUUUAGGGUAAAUGCAUAAGACUAUGCAAUAAUUUUUAAUCAUUAAUAUUGGUGUAUUAAAAGUUGUUGUACUUUGUCUGUGACCUUAAUUUUCUGCACUGAAUUACCAAAUAUUUUAAACCAGGUAGUCUUCAGAUCACCUCAUGAAAAGAACAGGGAAUAGGGAGAGGGUGGUGUGAACAUUAUAAAAACUUCACAAACUAUGCCUAUUUCAUUUUCACUUAAAAUCGCAAUGUUAUUUUUUUUGGCAGACACCAAAGUUUUGCUACCAUUCUAGUUCUACAUACUUAGAAAAUCGAGAUAUAGUUGGAUUUCUCUGUCAGCAUCGAAUUAUCUUGAGUAAUUUAAAAUAUGAACACUAUCCCAUUUACAGCUGCUUUCUCCCUUGUCCCAUUUAUACAUGUACUUGGCUCAUCUCUAGUCUUCUAGGAAUUUAAGGAACUAGAGAGAAGAAUAAUUUGGGAUUCCACGUGGAAUAAUGUGCUCUUAUUAGAGUAUUUGCUGCUGUAUUUUCCUUAGUAGCAUUUUGAUACACUGUCAGUAGCCCAUUUGUAAAUGCCUUGCUGCUUCUUCAUAGAUAAACGUUUAAUAAAGGGAGUUGUUUUUCAUUUUGCUUUGUUUUAACUGGAACAGUCAAGAGUAGUUAGAAUACCAAAAAUACUGCCAUUGGUUUAUACUGGCAAAAUUUGUGUUAUACAGUAUCAUGGUUCAAGGUUGAGCAAUCUUAUUUAAUAAUUUUUCCCAUGUGGUCCACUGCUGGGAUAUCUAGCCACAGUCCUAUCAGUGGGAAAAGGGCAUAUAUUAGUCUUUAAAUACUGCAUUUAUGUCAAACAGUUAUUUUAAAUACUUUUGCUAGUGGUGAUAGUUCAUUAUUUCUGUCCCAAUCAGUGAUUAUACAUUAUUUUAACUAAUAGUGUAUAUGCCUUCUUUCUGGUAUUGGUGCUGUUUGAUGUUUUUACCUUGAAUGAACUAAUUUCAUUAUAACAAGGCAAUUAAUAAUGUAUUGUAAAUUGAAUUUUCCAAGAUUCUAGUAUUUUAACGAUCAGCACUUGACAGAUACACCUCCAUGUGUUUGGAUUUUUUUGUUGUUGUUCUUUGUGGGCAGCAAACUGGCUGCCCCUUAGAUCUGUGUGGGUAACAUGCUUUCUAUUCGUCAUUUCUUCCUAAUCUGACAAUCUUGAUUAUUGAUUAACAUGUGAAAAACCCUGUCUGCUUGCUCUCCUGUGUGACUUUUAGGCAUGUCAUUUCACCUUGUCUGGGUGUCAGGUCACUCAUUUAUAAAAUGAGAUUGGCUUAAGUACCUCCAUGGCUGUUUUCAAAUCCAUCAUAUUUGCACUGUAGUGAGGAUUUUAGGAAUUUGAUAAUGAAAUGACCCAUCUUUUUCUUUCAUUAAUUUUGUUCUUCAGUCAGAGGUAUGAAGACAGAAGUUUAAAGGCAAGCUUAGGGACAGGGUAAAUGUACAGUAUUUGAUUAGCUUCUAUCGUAAGGAUAUUUUGAAUAAUGACUAGAGCCAGUUGAUUUAUAUUACUUCUUGAGCAAGAAAUAUUGGACAGCAUGAAUAAGAAUUUAUUUUACUGUUGUUUAGUUGAGUUGUAAAGAAAUCCUUUCAUAAGACAAUAACAUUUUGGUUGAGUGAUUACAGCUAUUUACCUGACACCAUUAAAAAUAUCAGUAUGUCCAAAGCCUCCAAAAGCAUUCAGAUGUGACAUAUGUAGAUGUCAGCACUUUUUCAUACAUAAAUUUGCCUCAGCAUCUGGAAAAAAAUAAACUUCCUAAUAGAAGUACCCAACUUUGGAUUAGAUUUGACAGUAAAACAAACCUGGAAGGCCCUGGAGGAUGUGCUCUCUGUUAAGACUUAAUGUUUGAAACAGUUUUAUUUCUAUGAAUUUCUUUUUGUUUCUGAACCACAUAGGAGAUGGAAGUCUUAAGUUUGUAUAACAUUAUGACUGGGAUUUUUUUUUUUUUUUAA